UAUACUAAGCGGACCACAAGUUCCCUGCCCUGCUCCAUUCUGUCCUCUUGAAGAUGACGUGAUCAAUGUACCUCUUUGUUUUCUUGUUUUGAGCUAGCACCUGGCUCAAAACAACAAGAAACAAAAAAAGUCGCAUCCUCUUAAGCUACGACUCUUUGAGACGACUUUUCAAUAAUGUCUCAAAUGUUGCAAGGGCUCUCCUUGUUCUGGUGUAAGCCUUGGGAUCAUUAUUAAAAAAACAAUUUCCAUCUAGUGGACUAAAAAAGGUACCGUUGUCUAUAAAUACUGCUAGUUUUUUCGACAUCUGUAAACACAAGUAGGGAUAAAGAUUUUUUUUCAUUUUUGUUGGUAAUUUGACAGAAUGAUGGCACUAUGAUGGGGUUAACCUUUUCACAUUGCAGCUUAAGCUUCAGUGUUGACAUUUUUGGAUCCACAAUAACUUUUCAGCAUUUACGCAAUUAAUGAAUUUCCAAUGGAUUCUGAAGCAGAGAAAAGCAGACAUGCACUAAUAUGCAACACGUCACAAUAGUGAAGUGUUUACACAAUCAACAUAAAUCAGGGGACACGUAGAAAAGUGACUUUGCGAUACUUUGCGUUACUAGUGUGUUUCAUAUCGGUGCAAAGCCAAUAUGAAAAGUUGCUUUUCUCCGCAUCAGAGUCAUCUGAUUUUUGUUGAUUAGGUAAACGGUUAAAAAGUUAUGCUACGUCAAAGAGUGAGUUAUUCAAGUUUUGUCGAUCACAUAGCCGAUGUUAAAGGGUUAAAACUCACUAAUUGCAUGUUUAGCAUUGAAUUUAAAACUAACAGCAAACAUUAUUUACCGCACGUCUAAGAUAUAAUUUUAAAAUGGCGCCACCUAGUGGACUGGAGUGGGACGCUUUCUUAAAUUGCAUAUCGAUGUUUCAAUUCUUAAGGAUAAAUAUAGCUUUUACAAAAUGUGUUUUAAGGAGUAAAAGUUAAGGUAGAUAAGGUUUCAACUUAGGUGCAACUUUUUUUCGACACCACGUGUCUCUUUUUUGUGUUUUUCGUUGUGUUUGUCCUCUUGAUCUCCUUACUUACUCCUAUCUGUUCUUUUUGUCACCCUCGCUUCCCCCUUUCCUCUUCCUUUCAAAGAGCCUAGUUAGCGGAACAUCACAAGCCGUCUGCUGCUUGCCUCUUCACGUCCCCUUUGCUUUAGUUAAACCCCCCUUACUUAAAAAAAAGAAAAAAAAAAAACUCCUCCUCCUCCUCGGUGCAAACCCCCAGCCCAUCUUUGCUUCUCCUCCCCUGAGGAACAAGCCACCUUCAGAGGGGCACCAGAACACAUGUUAGACGUCCUGUAAGCCUGGGGAGGAGGGACGCAGGCAGAGGCGCUCCGAGGCAGACAGAAAGAGAUGAACUGAAGAGAGAAAUAUACCAAGGAAGAGAUAAAGCCGGGAGGCAGGGGAGGCGGGUGUUGAGCAGCACAGAGCAGCCUCCAAGCGUGUGCGUCAGUGAGAGAAAAGCGGCAGAGCUGGAGAGCGCAUGUAGCAGGAGCGGAGAGAGAGUGGAUGCAUGUUGGUCGAUUGAGAGAGACAGGCAGGGCAGAGGACUGGAGCGACAAGAGGAGGAAGAGAAGGGAAAGGAGCGAGGCUGAAAACUGAGGGGGCAGGCGGCACUGUGGAUGUAAACUUUAUCGUCUGUGUGAGAUCGACGGGGUAGCAGCUGCAGAACAGGAGGAGAGUGAGCCGGUGGAUUACCAUGAGUGUCCUCUGAAUGAACCAGGAUGCUGCAUCUCCAUCAGGGGAAAAGCUGGCUGUGGCUCGCCUGCAGAGGGAAGUCGCACGAAGCAAGAGUGAAGGAACAAUGCGAGAAAAGUUGAUCCACGAGCUAGAGGAAGAACGACGCCUGCGACUGGAGAGUGAGAAGCGUCUCCGGGAAGUGACGGAGGAGUCAGAGCUGGGAAGGGCGCAGAUGAUUUCACUGCAGCAGCAGUUCUCCAGGAUGGAAGAGACGGUGCGGUCGCUGCUGCAGAACCAGGGCGUCCUGGAGCAGACUGCUGUGGACACAGUGGACAUCAUGAAGGCCUACAAGGAUAAACUCUCCGAGGAAGUGCAGAAACUGCAGGAUGGCCCAGAGGCGAAGCAGGCCGAGCCAGCGAGUACCGAGCUCGACGGCAGCCAAGCGGACGAAGACAGAGACAAAACCAAGCUCCUUCUGGAGCGCCUGAAGACCCUCGAGGAGGAGAACUCGGCGUUGGCCUCGGAGAACGAGAGCCAGAGGGAACAGUACGAGCGUUGCCUGGACGAGGUCGCUAACCAAGUUGUACAGGCACUCCUCACACAGAAGGAUCUGAGAGAGGAAUGUCUUAAGCUGCGGACAAGAGUUUUUGAUCUGGAGCAGCAGAAUCGAGCACUGAGUGUUUUGUUCCAGCAGAAGAUAAAGCCGGCAUCAGACCUCCUCCUUCAGAAACUCCACUCGCGGAUCAUGGAUCUGUCUGCGGCAGAUUUGCUUCUGGAGCCGGAGAGGAGCAAGGCCUUCCUCCUUUCCAGGAAUACAGACUCCCCUUCCAACGAGGUUCAUUCGAAUGGAAAGCCAGGUGUCCCUGUGGCCAAAUGUCUGAGCCAGAUGAGUCUGAUGGCGCCCGCUCCCAUCUAUUCUCGCAGCAGCAGCGAGCUCUCACUGUCGAGCGCGUGCAGCGAGUUCUCCAGCGGCUCCUACACCUGGAAUGAUGGGCGAUCCUGCGGGAAAAUGUCAUCCCUGACGUGGGAGAAGAGACUCAGUUUGGGCUCGUCAGCUCCAAGUAACAUCUGCGCGCCGCUGGAGGAACAGCCCCCCACACGGCGUAAGGAGAGCCACAUACUGGAGGGCCUGAGAAAACUCCAGCGGAGGAAACACAGGAGCUCCUCCUGCUCCUCUAGAGUGUCCAAGUCAGGCUACAAAGAUUGCAUGAACUCCAACGAGGGCAUCUACUCUUUGGGUAUCAAGAGCAGCAGCAAAGGGGUGUCUAAACCUGUACAUGUCAGCAGAGCUUCUGCUGCUCUUGGAAGGCGGUUUUCCUACGAUUCCGAUGAUGCUGACGAUGAACUGGCACGCUCUAGUUGCAGAGAUAAUAUUCCCACUAAGGAGAGCUGGAUUCACUGCAAGAAGCUCUCCCACAGCAUCUCUGAUAGUUUGUGCAGCUUGGAGGGGACACAGGAGGCUGUGGGUGAUGGUACUUCUUGUCCCACAGCUUCAAAACCCUAUGACUCAAGGGAGCGUCCGGAGAAGCUCAUGAGUUUCAUCAACAGUUUUCUUCCUUUAGAAGGGCGUAAAUCAGCCUUUAGCAGGCCAACCGUGCACCACAGAAAUCCUACUCAAGUAGAAGAUCCGAGUUGCAGAUCCAACGCAGAUGAUCCAGAGGAAACCAUUCCUGAUUCUGUGGGGGUCAAGACGCCAUGCAGUCAGCCGCAAGAACUAGCAGAGAGAGAUAUCAAGAGGCUCUCAAGGGAUACCAUCAAGAUUUUCAAGCAACAGUUCAUGCAAAAAGAUCAGGGGCGCACUCAGUCUGCGGAUGGGAGACCGAAGCCUUUCAGCCUAUUGAAGGAACUUAAAGCAACCAAGUGCACCCAGUCUGAGGAGAGCAUACUGGCGAUAUUUGAUGCUGAAGGAGAACCUAUUGAUCUGUGCGCUCAGAGACUAGUAUCAGGAGCAGAAGGUCGCAAAGCCGCUAGCUGUUGCUCAGAGUUCCAAAAGAGGACAACAAGGCAAAAUUCAGCAAACACGACAAACUAUAGCGUUCUUGAAUCUCCAGAAAAACCUUCAGAACAUCAGACUAGAUCAGGCAAAGGCAGUGAUAGCAUGGAAGGAAGUGCAGAAAGGCUACAGUUAGCUCCUCAGAGGAAGUUGAUAAAGCCACCAAGCAGUCGAACUAAUAAAGGCUUUUCCAUUCCUCCCAUGAGUGACGUCAACAGCCCCAAAUCUGGUGGCUCUAAGAUCCCCGGUGUCAAUAAGCCCUUAGCUUCUCCGUUAAGAGUAUCCAAGGGCACAACCACUGAGCCUAAUAACAGUGGAAACUCAGGACCCUCUGCUCAGGAGAAAUCUUCGUCUUCUCUUACGGUUAAGAUGUCUAGAUUCAUCAAGACGCAGGGAACUUCCACUCAGAGUCCGAAAGCUGUGAACUGCAAGGUGUCUGGUCAGGCCGACUUAAGCAAGACCUCUUCUUCCACUUCCCCCCACCUUCCAAAAAGACGCCUCGACUUCUCUGACAACAGCGAACAGCCGACCAGAGACAAACACUGUGAAACCAGCAAGAACAAACUCAGGUCUCCAUCUCCUCCCCCUCCCCCAGGACGCACCACCUCUUUACUGGUCAGACCAAAUUACGAAGCGUCGCCUCAAGCACACAAAUCAGGGGCUCAACCAUCCACGCCAACCACUGUGAGGGGCCCUCCCCCAAGUUACCACACCUCAGUUGCACCAAAUAUGCAAGGCACGCUCCCCAUCAAGGAUAAAGACUGUUUAGACGUAGAUGCAGGCUAUGGGACUGCACUUGCACCUCAGAAGCUGGUGGAGAAAACCACCCAGCACUUUCAGAAGACCACUGCCGUAACUCAGACUCCAACUAAAGGCACUUCCAAGCGAAUAAAAGACUACCUCCCACCUGCAAGCUCAGGAUGUGCCAGAGUACCUGAAAUUGCACCUAAAAACUCGAAGAAUGUCCCUCCUCCCUACAGUGCUCUAAGAGUGCCCUCCCUUCAAAACUCCUUUGCAAACAAAAAGGUACCUGCUCAAGAAAACACCCAUCAGUCAGUGCAAAAGACUUCCAUUAGUUUACCAAUAUCGCUUCAGGAUUCUGCUCAGUGUCAAACAGAGCCACAAAAAGCUGUCAUGAGCCCUCCGGGCUCAGCUGUUACGUCACCCAAUUUGUCAGAAAAAGCCUCAAAGACUCGAAUCCCAAUGGGAUUUAAAGCCUUUCUAAAAUCCCCUCCCAGCCAUAAAAGUAGUCCUACAAUAGCAGGCAAGCAAGAGAAAGAUCAUAUCAACUCUGUCUCCAAGGAAACUGUGACUUCAAAUGCUUCUACUCAGUGUGACACCUCGCAGGCAGCGUACAGUACGGAUUCAACACCUACCGUGUCUGUUCCCGAAGGGAAAGGUGAAUUUCUGUGUCAGCCACAGAAAGAGGACUUACAACCCCCCUUGUCGUCAGCAGAAGGAAAUGUGAGUGACAAGGCAAAAAGGAGUAGUCAACUCUUUGGCAGAUCCAUAUCUAUUAAUACCAAACCACACCUAAAGCCAGCUUUAGGGAUGAACGGGGCCAAAGCUCGAAGCCAGAGCUUCAGCACCAACUACAUAGAGAAACCCAACAUCAAUGCCAUGGAGGGGCCGGGAAGGAUCAGGACUCAAAUCAUCACUAACUCAGGUGAAAGGGGGAAUUCGCUGUCAAGGCAGAGUUCUUCAGAAACAACUGGGGUUGGAUUGGCUGAAAGUCCAAUCCAUGCCCCUAGAACCCGGCUAAGCCAUCAUGGUGGCAUGAUGGGACCAAAUAGUCAGAGCGGCCUCCCUGAGAAGUCCAUUCAGUCGUGUGUUAUAGGUGAAGGAAAAGCUUGUGGAGUGAAAGGAGAUGUGGUCACCUCUCCUUCUCAAAGAGAAGCUCGCAGCUUGCCCAAAAGUGACAGAACUGCCUUUAUUAAUGUCCAAAAGCCGGCAAAAGUGGACUCCCAUCCUCAAAUCCAGUCUUCCUCAGCUUUUGUCUUUAGUCCUGAAAAUCCUACCAGAGAAGCAGAAACCAUUACCACCACUCCUGCUGAGCCAGACAAAACCCAGUUGGGUUCCCCAGGCAAUUUCCCAGACACAGAGGAGAAAAAAAUCAGCCCAACAACGUGCACUAUUGAAGAGAAAGUGAUGAUGGGGAUAGAAGAAAACCUGCAGAAAAGUCAAGAGCAGGAGAAGGCUGCAGCUAAUGAGGCCAAACAGAAGACGGGCCCGUCUUUGGCCAACUGGUUUGGCCUCCGCAAGAGCAAACUACCAGCUUUUAGCGGCAAAAAAGCUGAUUCCCCGAAGGCAAGAGACGAGAAGAAAGAGCUGAAGAUUGGGUCUGUGAUCAGCGGCAAGCAGAUGAAGUCUGAUAAGAAGAAGGAAAGGAAGAAGGAUGGUCAGGAGGUCCAGAAUUUGUCAGAGAUGAACAACAAGCUGAGCUCCAUCAUGGACCACUGUAACAAUCAGAUGGGUCAGAUCGCCAGUCAGAUCCAGAGCACCACUGUGUUAAUCGGCAAGGACCAGUUUGUAAAAGAGCUUCUUGGGAGAGCUACUGUGAAGGGCAACGCUUCGCCACCUGGCAUCUCUACACCGAAGAAACACUGUGAAACAAAGGGCGACAUGCAGAUCUGUCCAGAUAAUACCCUCAUACUGACGCAAAAGAUCAGCCUCAAGGCCAAAAACGACGAGGGGAACAUUCCGGACACGUCUUGUCAAGACCACAUGAUAGGCUCCAGCUGUCAGAUGAGAACCUUGGACAGCGGCAUUGGAACCUUCCCCCUGCCCGAUUCGGUCACGCGGGCCAGCAGUCGCCACAUCCCCAAAUCUGAGUCCAGUCCAGAUGGGGUGAUGGCCGGCUCAACUGAGCGCAGUCGGGACACUCCCUCCUCCCACCCUGACCCCUCACAGUCAGAUUUCAAAGUGCCUUCCCCUUCAAAAGCCCAUGUGCACACCCCCACUACCAGCAUGGGUCACUCCCUGUCUGAUCCCACUGUGACAUGCAGCAGGAAUGCCCUGGAGACCCAGAGUCGCCUGCCCAAGCUGGCAUCCACAGACGCAAUCAAGACCAAAAGGUUGAGUCUUUGUGCCCAGCGCAGCGCCGUCUCCGCUUCUGCCGAGGGAGACGGGAAAGAAAUGGAGAGGAAGAUGAAAACAAGCGAGCAUGAAUCACCUGGUGAGACAACAUUGCGGGUUUGCGUGUAUCCAGGCAGCGACAGUGACACGGAGACUGAAUCCGAGGGAACUACAAGCACUUUGGCGUCGCCGCUAAGAACCCCCAUGGACAGACCUCAGAAGAACGACUCUGUCGAGCAGAAUGAGGAGACCUUGAAAAAACAGAAUGCAGAGAAAUCCCUGUCCAUUAUGGACUACUAUCAGCACGAUGUGUUCUUGCACCUGGAGACAGACGCCAGGAGGAUUUCCCAGUACACCUUGCUGCACAAAGAGUCGUCCCUCGACGGAGAAGCAGGAGACAGGCUCAGCAAAGAGAUUCCUGUCAGUCCCAACCAGCCGGCCUCUUUGGACGUCUCCUUGGAAUCGUUGAACAAAAUGAGCCACAGCAGCUCCAGCUGCCUGUGCGCGGACGCCAGCCACCGAGCCGGCUGCCCCGUAGAGACGGGGAGGACCGCAGAGAGCUGCUGCAAGGUCAGCCAGUCCUCCUGCUCCUCCAGCUUCAUCAGCAGGCCCGGGGUGGACCCCGCGGGCUCCCUUAGCGACUCCCUCUACGACAGUUUCUCCUCCUGCACCAGUCAGGGCUCCAACGAUGUGUGAGGAUGUGAACACACGUUACAGCUGUUUGAAAAACCAACUGCAGUAAAAAUAGAUUUAAUCCAAUCCCUUAGUUCAGUUACCAUGGUGGUCUGCAGAAGCCGCAGAGACAGUGCAAAGUUUCUUACCCACAAGAUCCCACUUUAGAAAAUGGGUAUAUGCUGGAAAAGUCUUUGGGACAAUUUUACCCCUGCCAAGUUUUUUUUUUUUUUGUUUAAAAAGGCAAAACUAAUAUUUAUACUUCCUUGUUGCGUUCUGGAUGAAGUAUUCAAAACAAAUUAAACAUUUUACUGUGCAUAAAUGAUCAGUUUCAUAUUUAUGCCCUUAUUUAUCUGUUCAAAGUUAGUAUUUUUUUGGACUUUUUCUCUAAAAACAGACACGGCUGAUAAAAGACUCACCUCAACAUUUGAAUAUUUGAAAAGAAAAUAUGUGCGAAAACUCUAAUAACACAAGUAUGAGGAUCUUGGAUUCAUAGCCACUUGAUGUCAUAUUUUUUGCAAUUUAAUUUUCAAGCUGUCAAAGCCAAUUAAAAUACAAUUCUGGCCAAACUUACUCCACCACCACCACCCCUCCUACCUCAUAGCUAGUUUACUGAGAAGUGUUCAAAUGUUCUGCACGUGUCCUUGGUUUCUAGAAAUGUAAAAAAAAAAAAACAUGCUGGGUCAGCAUGGUAACGGGCUUCGGAUCUCUGUUUUUCACAACACAUUGUGGAGCUGAAUAGGCAAGGAUAGACUCUACCCAGAGCAGGACUCUUUCUGAAAAUCUGGGCGUGGUGGGACUAGACAGCAAUACACACACUUGCUUCCUAGACAUAUUCAGUCAAAAUUGCUUCCAAUUAUUGCACUCUAAUUAAUGCUGUACAGAACUGUAAAUAAAAUAAGAUUAUUCAAACUGAUUGGCAGAGGCAGCAUGCAACAAAGUUGCUGCUUGAAAAAUCUCCAUUGAAAUAGAAAGGGUUGGAUGUGUUGCUGCAGUACUAUGACUUUUAUUGGCACUAAAUGAAAAUGAAAUAAUGUCAGAUUGCAGCUUUUCUGCUUCUUUUAGAAAUAAAAAAAAAUCACAAAGUUUGGAAAGUCUGUAAAUUACAUUUUGAAAAUUGAACCAAUAGCUACAAUAACAAAUACAGACUGAACAAAAGAUUAAAGAGAUUGUUUUUUGUUUUGUUUUUUUGCAAUUCGGAACGGUUGAGGAGGUUGUGAAACUGCUUACCAUUUUGAUUCACAUUGACUUCUCCAGGCAAAUUGCAUUUUGAAGACCCACUCCAAUCAUCUUUUGAUUAUUCUAUCUUUUAUCAUGAUAAUGCCAUUUUUAGCCAAAAUCAACAAAACCUGUGUCGUUUUCUAAAACAGUUUCCUCAGUAGUUUGUUUGUGGGCCCAAAGCAACCCCACCCCCACUCCCUGUCAUCCAUAGCAGAGAGAUCUCUCUCUAUGGGGCAACUGUGAUGCAGCAGUAGGGCGGUCAACUACUGAUCGCAAUAUUGCAGGUUCGAUUCCCUUUUUGCCCAUCGGCAGCGGGGCCACCAUCAGCGUUUGACUGUUAAGCCCCUUGGGCCUUCAAGGAAGGUAGAAAAGCACUAAACUAGUGUACACCAUUUACUAUGUACACACCCUCAUAAGAACAUGUUACAAAAAACACAGAGUGGGUCUUUAAAACAGUUUUCAUUAACCAGCAUAACUGUUAAAUUCAGAUGACUUUGCUUUAUUAUCUCUUUUCCAUGACAGUAGCAUUAACUUAUGCACGACAAGUGAACAAUUACACAAAGAGUUUUUUUUAACAUUCUUCAUUGUAGGAAUGUAGCUAUUAAAAGUAACCAAAAAAAGUUACUUUCAGCUUCCACGAGGUUUGCUUCUAGUUUUUUUCCUGCAGUUUAUGAAAGUUACAGCUCUUGUUACGUAUCAUGUGAAAAAAAAAUAAGAAAGACAAAAAUGCAACUAUUCUGCAAUAGCAUUUGUUUGCAUGUUUUGUUUUUUGUUUUGUUUUUUGCAGCAAAAAACACACUUUUUUUGUUGUUCUUUUUUUCUAGAAAAGUCUUCUUUUGUAAUCGGACUUAUAGGUACAAUAGCCAACUAAUAGCUCAGGGAACAUACCAGACUCACAACGAUUGUACGUAUAAAAGCCACAAAUGUUGGCCAAAUUAUUCUCAAUAAUACAGCUGUUUUUUUUUUUUUUGUUUUUUUUUUACUUCUUGUCAACUUUUUCCAAACAGUUUAUACUUCAUUCUUGUGUAACAUUGCAGCAAAUCUGACCUCUUACUUUUCCUCUCAUAGCUGUAAAUUUUGUUGUACAUAAAGAUCGCUAUAAGUUAAUAUCAGAAUGGGCAUUGUUGAUUUAUGAAUGCAAAUAAGAAAAAAAAAGAAUAAUGCAAACCAUUCAAGCAAGAUUUUAAGUCUACUGUGUCAUUGUGUAUCUUUUAAAAACGUUCUUGUUUUAAAGAAAAUUUUAUUUUGAUCAGAGACAGCUCAAAUAUUUUCUUUUUAUUUUUUAUUUGAACUUGGAAUUAUGCCAAAUUUGUACCUGGGAUUUGACCAGCUGGUGCUAAUUGACGCAGCCAACUGCUAUUUUCUUUUAAUUUUUUUCUCUAUAAAACUGUUUAUAUUGUAUGAAAAGAGGACUUGUGUAUUUUUCUAGGUGUCCAGUAUUUAUACCCACAUUUUUGUACUGUCAAACCUUAGGGUGAUUGUCAUACUUCACCUUUUUUCCUUAAUUGUGCUUGCUUCCUUUGUAAAGAGAAAAAUGGUUACCAGCAGUGUUGUUUGGUAAUUGUUAUUAUUAAUUUUAUUAUUAUUAUUAUAUUGCUGUGUGCAAUUUUGUCUGUUACACUACUUUAUUGCUAUAUUUUGUGUAACUAUUUCCUAAAUAAAUAUGAAAAAUGAUGUCCUAUUUCAAGCUAAGCUUCGGGGUGUGCUUGCUUUCAUUUCUUUAUUUAUGUGCAACAUUCAUGGUCAUAAAAGACAGCAUUCAUUCUGGGG